UGCGAUAUAAGAUAUUUUGACUUUAGUUAUAUUAUAGAUAAAAUAGACUAUUUUGACUCUAUUUUACUAAAUCCUAAUAUAAAUGAUGUAUUAAAUGUUAACGAAAUAGUAGAUUUAAAAGUAGAACUUUUAUCAGAUAAAGGCUUUUUAUUUUUCUGGAUAAAAGAACUACCAAUAGCUACUGCUUAUGAAAUUAUGGGUAAAUGGGGAUAUGAAGUAAUUGAUUAAAUAGUGUGGGUGAAAUUAAAUUAAGAAUCAGGUACUAUGUGUAUUGAAAAUAAAAUGGAUAAAUAUUUAUUGAAUUCAUAAUAAAUUUGCAUGGUAGGAGUUAGGAAUGUUUCUUCUAGUGUAAACCUACUGAAUUAUAAAAUGAAUAGCAUAAACCUGAUCAUAAACUCUAAAAUGUUCAAAUAUUCCUUGUCAGAAAGAUUUGUUUGA